AUGUUCUUAGGACGCCAAAAUAUUGCUUUAAGAGGACAUAAAGAUUAUGGUAUACUUUCUUCUGAACCUCAUUCAUCAGAAACUGUUAUUAAUGAAGGCAACUUCCGAGAAAUUUUAAAGUUUAGAAUUUUAUCAGGUGACAAAACUCUUGAAAAUCAUUUAAAAAAUAAUAAUGCAAAAGCAACUUAUAUAAGUCCCACAAUUCAAAAUGAAUUAAUAGAGUGUAUUAGAAAAGGAAUUAUAUUUAAAAUCAUUAAAGAUACUGAACAGGCUAAGUACUACAGUAUUAUAUUCGAUGAAACAACUGAUGUCUCAACAGUCUUUCAAAUGAGUUUAAAUAUCAGAUAUAUUUACUCGGGAAAAGUUUUUGAAAGAUUUGUUACAUUUAUUGAUUGUCAUUCAUCUAUGGACAAUGACAAUGAAGACAGCGAUGAAGUAGAUUUAAACCAGAUAGAACCAAAAUUGACUGGAGAAUUUUUUGGUGAUAUAGUUAUACAAAUGAUGUCCAAACUUGGCUUAAAAUUUGAUAAUUGUGUAGGUAUUGCUACUGAUGGCUGUGCAGUGAUGGUUUCUACUAUAGUUGGGGCUGUUCAGCGUAUUCAGCAGUCAACAAAAAAUGCAAUUCAUUGUCCUUGCAAUAAUCAUGCUCUGAAUCUAUCAAUUUCAAAGUCAUCUACAGUUCAAUCCAUUCGUAACUGUAUUGGUAUCAUGGAACAAGUUAUAUCUUUUUUUAACGCAUCAGCUAAACGCAAUUUCAUUUUAAAAAAAAUGCUCAAAAAACAAUUUGUAAGUAUUUGUCAGACCAGGUGGGUGGAAAGGCAUGAUAGUGUGUUGCAUUUUAAAAUGUCAUUACCUGAGGUUAUUAAUGCACUUACAUCUAUAUCAAAAUGGGAUGAUAUAGUAUCAUCUUCUAAAGCCAAAACCCUUUUGUUUUCAAUUUCGAACUGUGAAUUUAUAAUUUCUCUCUACUCAUUAUCAUCUGUAUUAGCUGUGACGUAUCACGCAAGUAAGACACUACAAGGAAAAAACCAAGAUAUAUUAACUUCUUCUGAAGUCAUUGAAAAUAUAAUUUCAAUUCUUAAGAACAACCGUUCAGAUUGUGAUACUAACUUUCAAACUAUUUUUAAUGAAUGCAAAGAUCUGAUGGAAGAACUAGAUAUAGAUAUAAAAAUACCAAGGAUUGCUGGUAAACAGAACAAUAGAUCAAAUCCACUCAAUGUAAAUAGUUGUGAACAGUUUUACAAAAUUACUAUUUUCAUUCCAUUAUUAGACGGUAUUAUUAAUGACAUGUGUAGAAGAUUUGGAAAUCAUGAAAACCAGACACUUAAAGCUAUAACCAAAUUAGUUCCUAAGCAUUUAGUAAAGUUGACGAACAACGAAAGGAAAGAAAUAUUUAAUGAAAUAAAAAAUAAAUAUUCAUUUUAUAAAGAUACCACAGAUGUGCUGUUUGAGUCAGAAAUAGAAUUGUGGUAUACCAAAUGGAUCCAUUACAAAGGUGGUAAUGGUCUACCAUCAAAUAUCAUAGAAGUAAUUGAUGAGUGUUCUGAUAUGAUUUACUCUAAUAUUAGUUCUUUCCUUCACAUUCUUGCUUCUUUGCCAAUUAGUGUAGCAACUGCUGAACGCAGCUUUUCCACUUUGCGCAGAUUAAAAACUUGGUCAAGAGCAAAGAUGGGUGAGGAACGACUAACUGGUUUGGCUUUAUUAAAUAUCCAUAGGGAUAUUGAAGUGGACGUUGAAUCAAUCAUAGAUCAAUUUUCAAGAGUAAAAAAUAGAUCUAUAUUACUAUGA